UCCAUCCCAUCACAGGACACUUCCCCUUUAGUAGCAACAAGCCAGCCAUCUCGCUAGCUUUGCUGCUUACUCAGUCAGUGAUGGCGUCCAAGCAGAUGCUCGUCGCCGUGGUCGCCGCGGCCACCCUCGCCCUGGCCUUCCUCCCGGGGCUCGCCGUCGCGACGGAGCACAUGGUCGGCGACGACAAGGGCUGGACCCUCAACUUCAACUACACCGCCUGGGCCGAGACCAAGCAGUUCGUCGUCGGCGACACGCUAGUGUUCAAGUACAACAGCGCCGUCCACAAUCUGGUGGAGGUGGGGGGCCCGGACUUCCUCUCGUGCACCGAGCCGGCCAACGCCGUCGUUUGGACCACCGGCGAGAACCGGGUCACGCUCGAGAAGGCCGGACGCAUGUGGUUCUUAUGCGCCGUCGGCCAGCACUGCCAGAACGGCAUGAAGCUCAAGAUCACCAUCCUCGAGACCGCCGCGCCGACUCCCCAGCCAGAACCGACCAACCCUGCUGGCAAGCUGCAGGCGCGCUUCGGUGAGGCAGCGGCCGCGGUCACUGCGCUCGCCAUGGCCGUGCUCGUGCUCUAAGCUACAACCCCGUCGAUCUUUUAUAUAUGUGAGCGACCGAGAGCGUCGCGUCGUGUUCUUUUUCUUUUUUGCUUGUGUUGUCGUGCGGCUUGUUAUGUAUCAGCUUUAUUGUUUGAGAGGCAUUUUUCAUGACCAUGGUUCAGCCGAUUAGUGAAAACCAUUGGGUUUUACACUGAAACAUUGAGAUAUGAGUA